GUGGAUUCUGCAUACGAUGCUGAUGAGGAAUCAGUUACACCAAACUCCAGCCCAGACCAGAAAUCUCCAUUAAACAAAGAUCCAUAUGAAAUGGAUAUGACAGAUGAUGAUGCUCCUGUUCUGAAACUGAAACAACGAAAAAAGAAUAACACAAAGAAAGCUCCAAAGCAAAUAACAACCAAAAAAUCCAAAAAGGUUGAAAAAUCACCAGUAGUGAAUCCAAAAAACAUGCCAACCAGCACGCCGGUGCUACACAGCAAUGGCAGCUCAACACAAGAGAAUUCUUUGUCAGCUACCCCAGAAGUGACACCCAUCCUUCCAUAUAAACCCCACGACUGCGCUUCACCAACAGAUAACAGCUUUGCCACGCCGCAGAUCCACAGACCCUCCCGAAAACGAAGCCUGGCCCCGGACUCACUCGUCACUUUCACUGUUGAACUGUCUUACAGUUCACAGGGUGAUUCUGGCAUAGUUGUGUCGCCGAUGACUAAAAAACCACGGACUUUAUCAGACACAGAAAAACAUGCCCGUCAGGUGGAGCCAGAGUCUUUGAAAUCUCAGAAGACAAAUAUAAUUAAUAAUCACAUGAAGGAACAGAAGCAUCUUUCCCAUAUUGAUCUCAAUAAGGUUAAUAAGAAAAAUAAUACAGUUUCUCAAUCGACUGUAUCAGAAAAGCUCACAACGGAACAAAUUAAUAAAAAUAAAAGCAAAAGUGACAGAGAUUCUUUCUUUGGAUUUGAUUCGUUUGAGUCACCAGUGAAAUCUGCUUUACCUCAAGCUUCAGAAAACUCACCACCAGUCAGAUCCAAACGGGUAAAGCUCCCCAAAAAGACAGUUAACCCUGUAGCCUCAAAAGAUGCAUAUCGUUCAGCAUGCAAAAAUUCAAGUGACUCUUCAUUAACCUGUCUCACAAAUGACAGAAUUCCCUUGGACGGUUCUGAGACUUCCCAAGAAAGUGUGCCUAGGGUCAACUCUGGAUCGCCAACUCUGUUCUCAGAUUCCUUCUCAGCUGAUUCAG